AUGUCUGUAGAUGAAAAGAAUGAGGUGCCAGACUCCUCUGAACCACCAGACGUCUCUGAAGAUGAACUCAAAGAACGGCCUACAGAAACAGACCCAGAACAGAAGACACCAGAUUUUCGAAGUGAAAAACCAAGAAAAUCCGUUGACGAGGAAGAUCUAGUUCCAUCCAAGAUGACCAAAUCCGAGAAGAAACGAAAAGAAUCAGCUAGGAAAAAAAGUAUAGAGCCAUAUGAGGUAACUAAACCUGAGUUCCCAGACCGGAAGCUAAGAAAGUCUAAGGAGGAAGCAGAAACUACAGAGGAGUUUCAAGUCAAGUCUACACAGCAGGUGGGCACAGAGCAGGAUAAGUUCCCAGACAAGAAACUAAAAAAGUCAACUAAGAAGAGAGCCUCAGAGCCACUGGAGGAAUUCAAUCUGCAGCAUUUUGGAGAAGAAUCAAGAACACUGAUUGAUGAAGCAAGUCUAGAACUAUCAGAAAAGAGAACAUCAAAGGCUUCAAAGAAAGCACACAAAAGCUCUUUUGAUGCCAAUUUUCCAGGGAUGCUAGAAGAGAUUACUCUAGCACUACUGGAAGAAAUAAAACCAGAUGUUGAAGACGAGUCGCAAGAUACGUCUACUAAGGAGAAAGUUCCAGAGCCAGUAGGGGACAAGAAACCAAUAACUCAAAAGCACAGGCAGAGAAGACCAAGCGGGCUACCUAAAUUAAAGGGCUCAUUAACAGAGCCAAGUCAGGAGAAGGAGCCCGUGCUACAGGCACACACCGAGCCAGAGUUUACAAAGGAGAAACUAAUAAAGUCAAUGGAGAAAACUGAUUAUGAGCCACCACAGACAACUGAUCUAGACAUUCCAGAGAAGUCAGAGCUGGAACAAACCAUCGAGAAAAGUCUCAAGUUACCAAGUGAACCCAAACCAGGAGAGGAAGGACAAUUUCCCAAGGAAGACCGUCCAGGACCGAGCAAACUCAAGUACCCUAUAGGCAAGGAUGACCUGAUAUUCUCUGAAUAUCAAAAAAAGUUGUCAGAAAAAAAAUCUACCAAGAGUAAAAAUGACUAUGUAGUAGGAUCUCCUAGAGAGAGUGUAGAAUCCGCCGGUUCAGUGUAUGAAACCCAAGAGUUCCUCAGAGACUUGCAGGAUGACAUGAAUGAGCUGUUUACAGCUGUUCCUGAUUUAGAGGCUUCAACAGAACUGAGGGAUUCUCUAGUUUUCCCCCAGGACGUAGACAUCCUAGGAGGUAAAGAAUCCCAGAUCAAUCCAAGUCUUAGACCACAAUUUGAGCACCUUACCUGGAGCCCAGAAAGGGUUGCAGAGUGGAUUAGUGAUCUAGGCUACCCUCAAUACAAGGAGUGUUUUACUGAAAACUUCAUCAGUGGUCAAAAACUCAUCCACGUUAACUGCUCCAACCUGCCACAGAUGGGGAUAACUGAUUUUGAAGACAUGAAGAGGAAAAGCUGAGUGCACAGAGGUGAUGCAACUUGCAAAAUAUCAUUCAGAUAAGCUGAAGAUCAAGAUAUAGAUUUCUGGGAGUCACAUUCACAUUCAUAUUCAUUCAUCAAUAAAUAUCCUAAGUGCCACAAACCUCCAUGGACAUACAACACUGACAAACCUGCUAACCAUAUAUAGCAUUUCCAACUAUCCCUUCAUAUGCCUGCCAUGGCUGUGAGGUCAAUCUCCUGUUCUUUUCAUGUUUAAAAAAAGUGACACCACUCUUCUUCGUGACUCCACCUUCUACUUAAAGUGACUGAAUUCUCCAAAUUAAAAUAAGGAACCGAGGGCUGGAGAGAUGGCUCAGUGGUUAAGAGCACUGUCUGCUCUUCCAGAGAUCCUGAGUUCAAAUCCCAGCAACCACAUGGUGGCUCACAACCAUCUGUAAUGGGAUCUGAUGCCCUCUUCUGGUGUGUCUGAAGAUAGGGACAGUGUACUCAUAUACAUAAAAAUAAGCAACAGAAUUCACAAGAUUACUGUCUGUCACCCAAAGUCCUGCAACAUUUUCAAGAGUCCACCAAACUCAUGUUGCUCACUUGACAUUCUAACUACCAAAGAAUAAUAUUUAAGGGUUAUAGUCAGAAUCCUGAUCAUGGUUGUAUAAGAAACAAGAGGUCUUAAAAAUCUAAUGAAACCCUCAGAAGUAAAUGAUGCGCCCACUGGUGAUCUCAAGAAGUUUGAAUAAGCAAACUUCAGCGUACUUAUGUUAGCCAUCAGGGAAAUGUGGCUUCUCCUUGAGAUCACUAGAGGAGCAUACACUACACUUGGGUAUUCACCAAAAGCUAAGACACACAUUAACUUCCUAGGGAUCAUACAUUAAUAUUUUUUUAAUUUUUGAGGGGUUGUUUGUUUAAGUUUCUUUUUUUUAAAGAAUUAUUUAUUUAUUUAUUUAUUUAUUUAUUUAUUUAUUAUAUAUGAGUACACUGUAGCUGUCUUGAGACACACCAGAAGAGGGCAUCUGAUCCCAUUACAGAUGGUUGUGAGCCACCAUGUGGUUGCUGAGAAUUGAACUCAGGACCUCUGGAAGAGCAGUCAGUGCUCUUAACCACUGAGCCAUCUCUCCAGCCCCUUGUUUGUUUGUUUUCGAGACAGUGUCUUGCCUGGCCUGGGACUCACUGUGUAGCCCAGGCCAGCCUGUACCUCAUGCUAAUUCUUCUGUUUUACUUUCACAAGUACUAGGGUUACAAGCAUUAGUUAUCACAGCUGCCAUGAAUGUCUGUCAGCUACAGUUACCCUCUUUACUAACAGAGGCUUGCUUGCUUGCUUGCUUGCUGCUUUGAUUUUGCAGUGCUGGGUGUCUGGACUCAAGGCCUUGAGUAUGCCAAACAGUCACCCUACCACUAAGCUACACUUCCAGCCCCUACACUUUUAAUUCCAGAGUUGUGAUUAGAGCAACUAAUAUAUCCACAGUUUCCUUCAGAGUAGCGUACACAUCAGUCACUCCGUUUUAUUUGUUCUAAGGAUAGGUUAGACAAAAUCUAGACAGCAUACUUGCCUCAAUCUUUUCUCUUGGUGUAGUGGUACACACAUGUAAUCCUAGCCAUUCUGAAGACUGAGGCACAAGAAUCACAUGUUCAGGGCCAGCCUAGGUGACUUAGUGAGACCCUGUCUCAAAACAAAAUUAAAGAUGUUUAGAUGCGCUGUAGUAGAACUUCUGUGAAGCCCUGGGUCCAAUCUCAUGCACUAAACAAGAAAAAGGCUCUCAGAAUAUAAGGACAAGCAGGCAGUGAAGGCUCAUUCGUUAAUCCCAGUACUUGGUAGGUAGAGGUAAGCAAAUCUCUGAGUUUGAGGACAGCCUGGGUCGACAGUGAGUUCUAGGACAGCCAGGGCUACACAGAGAAACCCUGUGUUAAAACGACAACAAAAACACAACGCUGUGACAGAUAUUUGGAGAAUAAUAUAAGUGAAUUGCUUAUUUAGAAUGAAUUGUUUACGAUUUUAAAGUAUAUCCUUGAACCAGGAAUUAUGAGUGGCUAAACUCCGGCAUGGUGGUUCAUGGCUGUAAUUCCAGGACUAGGGAGGGUAAGGCAGAAUGUUGAUAGGUUCAAGGCUAGCCUGGGAAACAUAAGAGUUAAGUAAGACUGGCUCUUCUAUGAGACCCUGUGUCUGUACAAUCAAAACUCAAUCAAUCAAAACACAGCCUUGUAAACUCCAUACUAUCUUGGCAGCUUUAUCCUAUAGCCUUACUGUUUAAGUAACUAAGUGUCAGAGAUUCACAGCAACAUAUUGAUAAUUGUCACUAAGUAACUAAGUGUCAGAGUUCACAGCAACAUAUUGGUAAUUGUCACUAAGUAACUAAGUGUCAGAGUUCACAGCAACAUAUUGGUAAUUAUCAGUAGACAAAGACUUUUUUUCAUUUUAAUAGAAUUUUUAAUUUGUAUACUUGGUUUUACAAAAGAGUUGGAGUGUGUGUGUGUGUGUGUGUGUGUGUGUGUGUGUGUGUGUGUGUGUGUAAUGUAGGCCCAGUGUUAGGGAAGGGGCAGAGGCCAUAAAGGAGACCCGAGUGCCUGAAGCUAGAGUUGCCAGUGGUUCAGAACCACAAGACAUGGGUUUUGGGAAUCAAACUAAGAUCUCCGGAAGAACAAAGCUGCUCUUUUUAAAGUUUUUUAAAGAUUUAUUUUUGUGUGUGCCAAAGAAAUAAGCCAAUUCAGUCAAAUUCAAAAUAAAAAAAGACAGGUUUAUUUGGGAAUGGGCUCUCAGACAAGUUCCCCAGUCUCAGGGGACAAGACCAGGAAAAGUCACAGGCAGAUAGAUUAUGGCAGUGACUUUUUUUUUAAUAGCCUGUAGGUGAAGGGAAAUGAUGUGUCUGUGGCACGGGAUAGGGGAUUGGCUGGUGACUUCAGGAGAGGUGGGUUUGGACAGCUGUCAGGAAUGUCAGGAAUGUGGGACUUGGCUUUUGGUGAAGCCAGGCGCUCCAACUAUGUGCGAUGUGCGUUGAUGUUUUGCCAGCAUGUAUGGCUGUAUGGGGUGUCUAAUGUGUUUAUAAAAAGAUAAAAAGAAGAGGAAUAUGUUUUGGUGGCGGUGUAGUCAGGUAUGGGGGAAGUGGGUGCCUCCAUGGGCCCAUGCUGAAGCAUCCCUUCCACCCUGAGGGACAGUAUAUUAUAGAAGAGAGUCUAUUCAGGGCAUGGGGAGGGAAGUUGAGAGGGUAAUAGAGGCAGAGGGAGAGAGAGAGAGAGAGAGAGAGAGAGAGAGAGAGAGAGAGAGAGAGAGAGAGCGCGAGAGAGCGCACAGGGAAAGCAGAGAGAGCAGAAUAGAGAAGUAGAGGCCAUGAGCACAUGGAAGGGGGUGUGGGGGGAUGGUGAGAGAGGGAAGAAGGGGCAAGAGGGCAGAGAGGGAGCAAGAUGGCAAGAGCGAAAGAGAGCAGAGGGGGCAAGCAGCCCCUUUUAUAGUGAGUCAGGCACACCUGGCUAUUGCCAGGUAACUCUGGGCCGGAGCUUAGACAAAAUGCUAACAGCGUCAGAUCUCUUUUAAGGUAUAAUUGACUCUUUCUAUAACUGCUUGUCCUGGGAUUGGGUGGUACACCAGUAACAUGCUUUCUAUUGUAAUAUGUAAAGAAUUGUUUCAUCUUCUUGGAUACAUAUGUGGAAGCAUUGCCAGUUUUUUUGUUUGUUUGUUUGUUUUUUUUUUUUUUUUUUGGUUCUUUUUUUCGGAGCUGGGGACCGAACCCAGGGCCUUGCGCUUCCUAGGCAAGCGCUCUACCACUGAGCUAAAUCCCCAACCCCUCAUUGCCAGUUUUAAUUUGUGCAGGUAUCCCCAUAGUUGCCAUUAUUUCCGAUAAGUGUGUGACAGCACAGUCAGCCCUUUCAGAAUUUAGAGCAGUUGCCCAUAGAAACCCUUAGUACGCGUCAAUGCUAUGCUCCAUAUACUUUUGUUUCCCAAAUUCUGCAAAAUGGAAAACAUCCAUCUGACAGAUGUCAUUUCUUUUGGUACCCCUAAGGCUACUACUACCAACGGGUAACAGAAUUUGGUUGUAUUGAAAACACAUAGGACAUUUUUUAUUAUUAUAAUAUCUUUGACUUGUUGCCAAGAGAUGGAAAUUUCUCUUUAGUGAUGGAAAUGUUUUUCUUUAAACCUCUCCCAUUAAUAGGAUGUUUUUCAUGAAAUUUUGAGGCUUCUAACACAUUUCCUGUUAGUAAUUGGUCAAUUUUGUCAUUUCCUUGAGCUAAUAAACCUGGCAAAUCUGUAUGAGGCCGAAUAUGAGUAAUACAUGAUAGAUAAUUUCUACUUGAUGGCCUGUUGCAGUUGCAUAAAUAAGAAUGUUAAUUCUUAGUUAUCAGGUACAAAUCCAGCAGUCUGUAUACGAAAAACAACUCCUUCUGCAUACAAAGAAUCAAUGACUAUGUUAAAAGAUUCAGGAUAAUCUAAUAAUGCUAUAAGGAUUGCAUAUAAUUCUGACUUUUGAACUGAGGUUUAGUGACUUUUGACCACCCUGCUUAUUGUCUCUGAUUUAUAACCUGCCAUCCCCAUCUCGUUUGCAUCCAUAGAGAAUGUUGGUGCCUCUGGAAUUGGUGUUCUCUUUACGAUAUGUGCUUUACAAAUUGUAUGUGCUUUACAAAUUGUAUGUGUUGGCUUCUCAGAGAUUUGUUAUUAAUUUCACCCAAGUAAUUGCUACAAGUUCUUUGCCAGUCCUCUUGAUCACCCAUAAUGACAUAGUCAUCGCAGCGUCUAUAAGAGGUACCACAAUUCCAGCUGACUCUGUUCCUGGUAAUUGGCAUAAUUUUACUCUACCUUUUAUAAUUAACUCAGAAAUCUUUUCUAUAUAUGUCUUCAAAUUUUUACUUUGUUUCUAAGCUAGGAAAAUCCACUCCAUAAUACUCUCUUCCCUGUGCAUAAGGAGCCCAGGAAGAGGAUGAGUUGAAGGUUGAAUGACCAGAACUCAAUCCUGUUUAGGAUCAAUUCAAUCCACAUCUGCCUCUUGCAGUCUUUGUUCUACAAGAAUUAACUCUUUUUCUGCUUCAGCUGUUAGACAUCUGGACUGUUUAAAUUUGAAUUUCCUUGGAAUGUUUAAAACAAAUUACUUAACUCGUAUCUACUUAAUCCAAUCGUAGGCCUCAGCCAGUCAAUAUCUCCCAUUAAUUUUUGAAAAUCGUUAAGUAUUUUCAAUUGGUCCACACGAAUCUGUACCUUUUGUGGUCAAAUGUUUGUUGAUUGGUUUUAUAACCCAAAUAACCAAGUAAGUCUUCUUUUUGUAUUUUUUCUGGAGCAAUCUGUAACCCCCAGCAUGGGAGAAUUCUUUGUGUUACCUUAAACAUACGCUCUAAAAUAUCUUUGUCAGAAUCAGCCAACCCAAUGUCAUCCAUAUCAUAAUAAAUGCUAGCUUAAGGAAUUGCUUGUGGAUCUUUUCUCUUUUUUUUUCUUUCUUUUUUUUUUUUUUUUUUUUUCGGAGCUGGGGACCGAACCCAGCGCCUUGCACUUGCCACUGAGCUAAAUUCCCAACCCCUUGUGGAUCUUUUCUAAUGGUUGUUGCACGAAAUGCUGACAUAAAGUCGGGCUGUUUAACAUCCCCUGUGGAAGUACCUUCCAGUGGUCUCUCUCGUGGGUGACUAGCAUUCACCAAGAGUAUUGUGAAGAAGCGGUCUUUCACGUCAGUUAAUGUGGGUCAUUGUUAACUGCUCUUAUGUCCACUAUCGUUCUCCAUGUACCUGAUUUAUUUUUUUACAACAAACACGGGGUCCUAUGUGCUGGUAGACACUUCCGUGUUGAGCCUCCAGCUGCUCUUGUGCUGGUCGUUCAAGUGCAUGCAUUUUGUUGUUUUGUUGUUGUCAUUGUUGUUGUUGUUGUUGUUUUGUUGUUGUUACUGUUAUGGGCCACUGUUCUUGCAGCUCAGUUUGAUAAUCAUUUUAGGAGCAAGACUGUUGGUAUGUUAGCAGUGGCGCCUUUUAUACAUUUAGAAAUGUAAUCCCUUUGAUGUCCUGUUUUUGGACCAUGGGCACAGCUUGUGAUCUUACUCAGUCGCCUGUAUCAGUACCUUCCCCAGGAGUAUCUAACAUAUCACACUUAAUUUCCUGGUUUUCUGUCCCUGGAAUUGCAGGAAUAUUAAUUUUACAUACCAGUGUUGUAAAAGAUUCUCUCCCCAUAAAUUUAUGAGUAUGUCACCCACAUGUGGUUUCAAAUUUCCUUUUCGUCCCUCUGGUCCCACACAGGUAAUCCACUGGACACAUUGUCUUAUUCCUGAUAAUUUUCUAAUUCUUAUAAAUUGUGUAUAAACCUUCUGAAGUGGCCAUCUGGAUUCCAAGACCUUUGGGAAAAUUUACUAACAUCAGCUCCGGCAUCUACCAACUCUUCUAUGUUAACGCCAUUCAUUUGCACCAUUAAUUGGAGUCUUUGAUCAUUAACCAUUGUUUGCCAGAUGUACAUUUCCCAGUGCUCCCAAAAGCUCCUGUCCUUUCUACUAGAGUGGCCUUUCCAUUAAUGUAAGGGCACAACAGCUGAGCAAUUCUAUCUCCUGCAUCAAUUUUCAUCUCCUUCAUCACAUUUGCCAUGAUUCUAACUUCUUCUUUGCUGUCCCCCUCUACUACACUUGGAUGCACAAUAAAUCCUUGAGAAGUUAACCCAUUUCUCCCCAAGAUUAUUCCCACUGUUAUUCCUGCAGUUAACUGCACACCAGUAGUUAAUGUAACAGUCAACUUUUGGGGAUAGGGUAAAGGGCGUAUCUGUAGCCAGAUCCAAAGUGAUACUCCCUUCUGAAACAUGUAAAAGAUCAGAAAUAUUUAAUUUUUAUUUUAUUGACUGCUUGGUACUUUCUGGCUGAUCAAAGGAAGAUGGUAGUAUUGUUUAUUGUGGGGCCUUGAGCUGACAGGCCCCUCUGUUUGUUUCCUAAGGGCAAGAGGUAACCUUGUAUGUCCCUCUUGGACCAGUAAUCCUUAGACUAAUGUUUGCUCCUUCCAAGACAGCUACAAUCCCCUGGAAACCUUUGUUGUUCAUAACAGUCAGACCUGCUUGUUCUCUCUAUGAACACCAUAUUCUCUAGAGUCAAGUGUACCUGCUAUUUUAAGCUCUGAAUCUUCUAGCCUUGCAAUGUUUGCAAAUGGUAAAAUUCACCACAAUUAAAGCAUCAGGCAUUUUGAUUUCUAAGACCGCUAACUAUGGCUUGCCCUAUGAUAUUAGCAUUAUGUUCCUGAGAACCAAUACCAUUUGUGUAUUAUCCAUUCAUCUAUUAGGGCUUCUCGUGCUUUCAAUAGCCUAAUUGCUCUCUUAUAUUCUGUAUUUGUAUUUUCCAAGGCCAAUAUUUCUAUCAAUGACUGUCUGUUUUCAGGGUCUGAUAUUGCUCUAUUUAUAGCUAAGCCCAAUCUCUGUAAGAAUUUGAUAAAUGCUGCUGCAGAUCCUUCAUAAAUUAGGUAGAUAUUCACCCUGGUUCCUUAAUCAUAUCCCAGGCUCUUAAAGCCGCAACACAUUGUUCAGCUAUGCCAUCAUCAGAUCGGAUUUGAUCUUGUAAGUCAGCAUAACACCCUUCACCAGGCAGCUGGUCUUUAGUAACCUUUAUCCCCCUUGCUAUAUUCUGUAGUUCUAUAUUCAUGUCUCUACCAUGACCACCACUGUGAUUGUUGUCCAGCUUCUAGAAUAGCUGACACCAAUCCUUUCCAAUCUUGGGGGAUGACCCUAUUCUGUGAAGCCCAAGUAUUUAAGGUUUCUUUAGCAAAUUGAGAGUGGUAGCCAUACAAUACCAGAGCUUCCUUAAAAUUCCUUAGAUCUAGCAUUUGUAUUGGACACCAGGUCAAUUCAUUACAGGCAGGACCACUGUCAUUAGCAGGCAUAUGCUGCACAAAGACUGGGAAGGCUGAAGGUAUCUGUAGGGCCCAAGCAAAUCCUCUGGUGGCUAAACACUAUCUGGUUGUACCGGUACCAUUUCCUGCUCUUCCAGGCCCCUACUUUCGUGAAGUUGCUCUGGGCGCCUGACAGUAAGAGUGGUGGAGCAGGUACAUAAUCCGAGAGGACCGUGCCACCGCUAAUGUCAUUGUCCUCAUGUUGACCACCAAAAAGUGGUGCCACUCCGUGAAUUUAGUGUCCUUCCUGAUGGGAGCAUCCAGGUCUGUGAGGACCAGGGUGUAGAGUUUCCCUGGAUCAAGGCCAUCCCGUGGAAUGUGCCUGGGCCUGUUCUUAACCUGGGUGGGCCCACUUUGCCCAGCCCGUCCACCUCUACCACAGCAGAUGUUCUGGGGCCACUCAUCCACCUCCUGCACCUCAUCAGCCAGGCUGACUGACUGACAUUGCAGGCCUUCGAGUCCACGAGAAUUAGGACACAAGCACACUGAGUCCCUAGUGCCACAAACCAAAGUUCUGUUUAUAACUUGUCAUGACAGUGAGAAGCCUGGCUCUUUCCAACUAUAAGUGUAUGCCUUAAGAGACACGUUUACCAAAUAAAGUACAAUGUUGUAUACAUUUGGUUUUGUCUCUAAGACUUACAGUAUCUAUAGGAAGCUCUACUCUUCAAAGGUAAAGUAACCCAUGUUAGCCUCUUUCCUUCCUACCACUUCAGAGUAAUUAUACCACAAGCUUGUAAUGGUCCUCAUCUGUCGUCCAGCCUGUUGGCCCAACACUUACUUGACUUUUCUCAGUUUCAUGCAGUAAAGUCAUUCUUUGUUCUGUGCAAUUCUGUGGAUGUUAAUAAAUGCUUACAGGCAUGUUCCUACCCCCAACAAAUCACAUAAAUCUGUGCCCUUGAAUUCAAACUUCCAGGUCCCC